AUAACAAAAUAACUAAAUGAAGAGAAAGGGACCAUUCACUGGUCAUUCACACGCCUCUUUAUAGUUUUGCUUUUGCUGCUGGUGGAAUUGUGAGCGCAGGUUGAGCGCCACGUUUUUACUAGAAUAUAUCGGUGUCAUGCAAGUAUAAGUACUUGAACGACUGCUUCACUUGCUUCGCGAUAUGUCUGCAGCGAUGCUGAGCACCACUACAAGCAAGCUGAAUGUAUUGGUCAACAAGCUGCACGAGUACUUGGCUCAUUCUCCUGUUGAGGACAGCAAUGGAGCACCGACCUCAGAGGAUGCAGAUGGUCGGACAAACAGGAGCUGUUCUGUGGGGAACUCAACAAGUCGUGCUGCAGCAGUGGCAGGAGUGGAUACCAAAUACUCAAGGAGAAAACCAUCUGUCGUCGUAAAGCACUCUGGACUGGAUGAAUCCGGGGACUCGAAUGCGAGUGAGGAUGUGGAUUUACCAGUUAAUGCAAACGGUCGCCUCGACAUCACCAGAUUACCAAAAGGCACUGUACUGGUGAGGCCUGAACCUGUUGACAAUGGAAGAGACGACUUCAGGGGUCCUGAGUUUCGCAGCCGGAAAUCAGGCGUACUGCGGAAAGAGUUUUCCAGAAGACGCGGAGGAGUUGAACACAUGGAAAUUGUCAGUUGCACUGCAUGUGGCCGACAAGUUAACCAUUUCCAGAAAGAUUCCUUCUUUCGACAUCCAGUCCUGAAAGUACUGAUUUGCAAGUCUUGCUACAAGUAUUACUCAAGUGAUGACAUCAGCAAGGAUGGAGAUGGAAUGGAUGAGCAAUGCAGAUGGUGUGCCGAAGGAGGCAACUUGAUCUGUUGUGACUUCUGCAGCAAUGCCUUCUGCAAGAAGUGCAUUCUGCGAAAUUUGGGACGGAAGGAGCUGUCUGGCAUCUUGGAGAGCAAAUGGUACUGUUAUGUGUGUAGCCCGGAGACCCUGUUUGACCUGGUGGUGGCCUGUGACAACGUGCUGGAGAACAUGGAGCACCUGUGGUAUCAGCAGCGCAGGAAGAACCGCGUGGAGCCGGAGAAGUCUGAACUUUACGCCAUGUUGCCACACCUGCCACAAAACCUUCCGUUGGAUAAAUGGGAUCACACCGGAAUGGACGGUAACGUGGUGUUCAACUAUAACACGCUGCACGUUUCCAAGGACGUCACCAAAAAGGCCAAACAUUUAGUGGACUCGACGAACAUCUUAAACCGGACCUUUGUCAACUUCAUUCAUACUGUGACAACAAACAAACAAGCCCCCGCUGUUCGCAAUCUGUACCUCAACUCUUUCUUGUCGGUAGUGAAAGGCUUGCGAAAAUCCCUCGCGGCACUCGAGGAUAGCCUGAAGGAAGAAUUCAGUGACUUGGAUGUCUUGAGCUGUUGGGAAAAGUUCUUCAACGAUGACUUUGAUGCACAGCCUGUAACCGAUGCAGACACAGAGCCUCACAAAAAGUGCUUGAGUGACUUGCAGAAGUUAGCAGCGGAACAUCUGGAGGGUUAUGAUUCGGACUCCAAAGGCUUCCCGGAUGGGAGAACUGCACACGCCGGCCCUGGGAAAACCAUGGAUUCAGAUCCACAUGUAGCGAGACAGAGGGCACAAAAGAUUGGCCUGAAGCCUUCUGAGAGCGGGGUCAACAUGACGAAGAAACUAGUAGUGAAACUUACACCUGUACCAAUCGAGCAGGGGCCAUCCUCUGAUGCCCCAGAGAAGGACGUCCACACGAACGAUAAGAAGUCGGAGGGAAAGGAAGUCUCGGAUGCUGAAGAGACGGGUGUUGUAGGUGCCAAAGCUGACAGCAAGAUGAGUACUGACAACUCUAAUGCGUCCCUACACCCGGAAGAGGAACAGGGCAACAGACGCUCUCCUCGCGUGAAGACGACACCGUUGCGCCGACCGAGUGACGUCAAGGCCAAGAAGUCUCGCUCGACAGUAGACAGCGACAGUGACUCCGACCCCGAGGAAACCUCCAGCUCAGCACCAGCCAAAAACACCGAAGAACAAAGUGUGAACAGAGCAAGAGACGACUCUGACUCGGAUGAAGUCCCUGCCGCUCUGCUCGAGCGAGCAGCUGUAACGCAAAGCUCCGAUGAACCCCAGAGUGACGAGAAUGGCGGAGAAGCGUCAACGAAGGUGACCAAGAAAUGUCUCUUUUGGCUCACUAAGAACACCCCGAUGUCACCGGAGAAGAUGCGGCGCAAGCGCAAAAUGUUGGAGCGCUCCCCCGAGUCUGACUCGAGUAACAGACGGGUCAAGUCACGAAGGGGGAGUGGGACGGAUUCCUCGAGUGAUGAUCAAGAUUCACAGAAGAAAGUACAACACUUGAAUACGCUGAGGCCAAUCGGGAAGUCUCACCUCGUCAAGCGAGAAGAAGAAGGCGGGGCUAGAGCGCAGGGAAGGAUGCAGGCUGGGAAGUCUAAGGCUAAAUCUGACGGGAAAGAAAUGGAGUCGCCAUCCUCCUCAAGCGACGACGGUGAUGCUGACGACGACGACGAAGACGACGACUCUGGGAGUGAAGGAAGUGAUCAGAAGAUGAAGCCAAUCACUGAAGAUGUGGCCUUAAUGGGGGCAACAGCAUUCCACCAAUCAUCGGGAGAUGAGGAGCAGUCUGGGCCCUCGUGGGCAGCAGAAGAUGAUGAUGAUGAUCCAGAAAAUAGAAUCGCUAAGAAAAUGCUCUUGGCCCAAAUCAAAGCCAACUACUCGUCGGGCGAUGAUAUCUCUUCGGAUGAGGAGACGCAGGAGGAGUCGGAGGAUGAGAAGAAAAAACAAGGAAAUGAAGAUAAUGAAACGGAUGUAAAUUGGGAGGAAUUGACUUCAGACUCGUCCAACACCGCGUCUAAUGGGCCCAACUCCAGGCACCACCACCUCCUCCGCCUCAAACUCACCUUAGAUGAGGGAGCACCGAGUGACGAGGCUGUGGCCGAGAGCGCAGUAGCAAAGCCGGAGGGCAAGCAAAGAGCCGGCAGCAAACACCUGAGCUCUGAUAGUGAAAGUGAUGGGGAGGAUGAUCUCGGGAUGAGCGAGGAGCUGAGUCAGUCAGAGGAUGAGGCCGGUGGAAAGGGACCCAAAAGUGUAUCCGGUAAAGUGAAGGGGGCCCACCGUAGAUUCAAGCGAAAGAAACCGGUGCCCUGCAUCUGGUUGUCUGACUCCAACAGUGAAAAGAGUGACGAAGAGGAUGCAGACGGGGAGAACAGCGACGGCAAAGGCACCCCCAAAGGACGCAAAAAGAUCCGCAGAAUCAUUGACGACGAUAAUCUCCGUGCUGAGACCCAGGAAGCCCUCAGAGAGGAGCAGGAGCGAUGCAAACGUCUGGCAAGCAGGGAUCAACAGAUGGACGACAGGAGAGAGAUUAUUGAUAUAACGGAUGAUCCGUCUCAAGUGGAGGGCCCCAUCACCACCAAGCUGAUCCUGGAUCAGGAUGAGCAGACCAAAAACCCUCUUGUUCAGGUGCACAGGAACCUGGUGAUGAGACUGAAGCCUCACCAGGUGGACGGGGUCCAGUUUAUUUGGGACAGUUGUUGUGAGUCUGUGAAGAAGGCCAACUCUUCUCCUGGAACAGGCUGUAUAUUGGCACACUGCAUGGGCCUGGGAAAGACUCUGCAGGUGGUAACUUUCCUCCACACGGUGCUGCUGUCGAAGAACCUGAAAUUCAGAACGGCGCUGGUCGUAUGUCCGCUCAACACCAUCCUCAACUGGAUCAGCGAGUUCAAGAAGUGGCAAAGCGACAUGCGACAGGAUCAAGUAAAAGUCACAGAACUGGCCACAUUAAAGCUUCCAGGCCGGAUCAGGGCUCUGCGGAGGUGGCGCAGAGAGGGAGGUGUUAUGAUAAUGGGGUAUGAGAUGUACCGCAACCUGUCACUCGGCCAGAAAGUCGGGGAUGAGGAGGCCAAGAAAGAGUUAAAGAGCAUACUGGUGAAUCCAGGUCCAGACUUUGUGAUUUGUGACGAGGGACACAUCCUGCGCAACGAGCGAACCAAUAUCUCCAAAGCUAUGAAUGCCAUCAAGACCAAGCGGAGAGUGGUGCUAACUGGCACACCACUACAAAACAACCUGAAUGAGUACCACUGCAUGGUCAAUUUCAUCAAGAGGAACCUGCUCGGCUCGCUGGGCGAAUUCCGAAACCGCUUCAUCAACCCCAUACAGAAUGGCCAGUGUGCCGACUCCACGUCAAGAGACGUCCGAAUCAUGAAGAACCGAGCACAUGUGCUUCAUGCUAUGCUGGUUGGAUGUGUGCAGAGGAGAGAUUACUCUGAGUUGACUCAGUUCCUGCCUCCCAAACACGAGUAUGUGCUGGCAGUGAGGAUCUCCCCGCAUCAGUACAAGUUGUACCGCUACUACCUCGACCACUUCACCGGUAUGAGCUCCGUGAUUAACGCACCUAAGGUGAGAACCGGAGCAAACCUGUUCAAGGACUUUCAGGUGCUCGGCCGAAUUUGGACUCAUCCCUGGUGCCUUCAGCUCAGCCACAUCAGCAAAGUAAACAAGGAGAACAAUUGCGAUAAGAAGAACAAAACGAAAGCGACAGCUCUGCAGAGAAAUGAAGAAACCGCUGCGGCUGAGAGUAGUGGACUGAGAGAGAACCAAGCAAAAGAAGGGAAUAACAAUGACGGCAGUGCAGUGUCCACAGGCGCCGCAGCAGUGGACGGAGAGAAAGCAACCAUGAGCUUGAGGUCUCAGAGUCUGGAUGAGGUCUGGUUCAAGAAUCUGCUCUCUGAAGAAGACGCCAAAAUCAUGGAGCACUCGGGGAAGAUGGUGCUCUUGUUUGAGAUCCUCAGAAAGGCUGAAGAAGUGGGCGAUAAAGUGCUUGUGUUUAGUCAGUCUUUGAUCUCGUUAGACCUGAUUGAGGAUUUCCUCAAGGCUUCUCACAAUGCCCGAAACCCAUCGUCAUUCAAAGCGGGCAGCUGGAUUAAAGACGUUGAUUACUAUCGACUCGACGGCUCCAACAACGCUGUGUCGAGGAAGAAAUCGGCCGAUGAGUUCAACAAUGACUCCAAUUUUCGCGGCCGAUUAUUUCUCAUCUCAACGAAAGCCGGCUCACUCGGCAUCAACCUCGUUGCGGCCAACAGGGUCAUCAUCUUCGAUGCCUCGUGGAAUCCCUCGUAUGACAUACAGAGCAUCUACAGAGUGUACCGCUUCGGUCAGCUCAAGCACGUGUUCGUCUACCGCUUCUUGGCUCAGGGCACCAUGGAGGAGAAGAUCUAUGAUCGCCAGGUGACCAAGCAGUCUCUGUCCUACCGAGUGGUGGAUCAGCAGCAGAUUGAGAGGCACUUCACCUUUUUUGAACUGACCGAACUUUACACAUUUGAGCCGGACCUGCUGGACGACCCCAACUCUAAGAAAAGAAAAAGAACCACCUCUGUUCUGCCAAAGGAUAAGAUCCUGGUGCAGCUAUUACAAACGUGUAAAGACCACAUAGUGUCUUUCCACGAGCAUGAAUCUCUGUUGGACCAUAAACAAGAUGAGGAGCUCAGCGAGGCAGAACGCAAAGACGCCUGGGCCGAGUACGAGGCCAUGUCUUCCAACCAGAACCCCUGGGAUACGAAGACCAAUGACGAGCUCGUGGACUUGCUGAGAAAGAGCAGAGCAGAUGUAUCAGUGGCCUAUCUGUCAGUGCAGCAGAUGGUUUCUUACACCAUCGAGGACUACAUGUUAAAAGUGCGGCAACAGAAUCCUCAGCUGCCGGAGGCCGCGGCUUUGGCCAAAGCUCGGAUGAGCAAAGCGUGCGAUGAGAAGGAGCAGGAACGUAAGCAGGCCUUUUAUCGAGAGGUUCUCGCACACCAACAAACGCUCACACACGGCAUUCACGCCAUCCUGAACAGUCGAAGGAAAGCGAUGGAGACGGCCGUGAGCACCGUGGUCCAGCCCGGACCGACUUGAAGAAGAAAACACUCCGCAACACAUUAUCAGAUGUUAGAGAGUCACAUUUACAAGCCGUAGGAUUUUAAGUCAUGUAAUGUCAAUAGCAUUGUUCCGGGACAAUGAUAGUUUUGUUUUGUAACACUUUGAGCACUUUAAUUAACUAGCACAGGAAUAAGUUGUCUUUUUAUUAUUAGCUGCUUCGUACCAAAAACGUUUGUGUUAAGUCCCUUUAAAUGCAGUAGGUUUACUGUAUAUGCCUUAAUGUUACCAUGACCUGUUUUUUCUAUUCGUUUAACUUUGUGUUUGUUACCGGUUCUUACAAUUAUGUAAUAAAUUAACAAAAUCACAGAAAAUGUGUUAU